ACUUAAAACCUUUCAAAACCUCUCUUAUAAAUCACAUGGCAGAAUUCACUGCAGAUUUGCAAAGCAUUAGACCCUCCUUUCCUUUCUUGGAUAUCGAUAACAUGGAAAUUCAAAACUUGGUGCCCUUUGACAGCUUAUUGGGCUCUACAGAACCUGAAUUUCCAGGAAACUUGGAAGAGAAUUUUCCGGGUCUUUUUCAAUGCGUGGAUCACAAUGCAGUUCCAGCGUUAAAUGAAGUUCAUGAAGGUAAAAAGAGGGAAGCAACUGAUAUGGGUGAUCCCAGUUCUGGUAACUCAACUCCUGAUAUUUCUGAGAGUGGAAGCAAGACAAAAAAUAUUUGUGGAAGAGGCAAGAGAGAGAAAAGGAAUGCGGUAGAAGACAAGAAACCAAACCAAGUAGUUCAUGUCAGAGCCAAAAGAGGUCAAGCUACAGAUAGUCACAGUUUAGCAGAGAGGGUUAGAAGAGGGAAAAUCAAUGAAAAACUUAGGUGCUUGCAGAACAUUGUCCCAGGAUGUUACAAGACCAUGGGUAUGGCGAUAAUGUUGGACGAGAUCAUAAACUAUGUGCAGUCCUUGCAGCAUCAAGUAGAGUUCCUCUCAAUGAAGCUGAGUGCAGCAAGUAGCUAUUACGACUUCAAUUCAGAGUCAGAUGCUUUAGAAACAAUGCAGAGAAGAAAGGCAUCCGAGGCGAAAGAGAUAGGGAAGUAUGUGAGAGAAGGAAGUGAUGAAGGAGUUUCUUGCUUUGAAGCAACAUGGCCAUGGUACCUGUAACUUGGGUUUUCGAUGUUUUAACUCAAACCACACAUCACAUAUCAAUUCAAGAACAUGCCUCUUCUUCUUACUUAGUUUCUACAGUUUUAAAGGAUCACUUUGUAUAAGCACAAGUAGACAUUAUUCUCGUUUGUACAAUCCCAUCAAACAAAUGAAAAUAUGAAAUGCCAGUUUUAAAUAAA